AUGUUGACCAUUCGGCAAGCGGAAGAAAAGAUCGCCCUCUUGAGCGCGAGAGCUGCCCAGAUGGAGGCCCACUGUCGCCGCGUUCAGCAUGCGGCACGGAAACUGGCCCCUGUCAAAAAGUAUGUUGAAGCCGUAUCAGAGCUCUUGGGAGAGACAGCUGAAGGCUCAGGAGAGAGCUUGAUGAGACGAAUGGUAACACUGCAGAGUACCAACGAGGAGCUGAAGAGACAACUCAGCGACGCUGUGGAUCGGCUGGAGCAAAGACGCCUCGAGAGCAAGGCACGGCAGCGCCUCCACCAAUCGCGCUUCGCGCCAAAGGUUUACAACCAGGAGGAGCCGAGUCCAACCUCCUCUACCCCGAAAGAUGCCGCGUUGCCCCCAGCCCGGUUCCUUGAUGUUCUGCAAGCGAAAGAGUGCCUAAAACAGAUAGGAGAGCUGGCGCGUAAAUACAAAGCUAUAAUCAAAGAUGCGGACGCCGAACGAGAGAAGACACGAAGACGAGGCCAGCGUUCGGCACUGCCCUGGUCCUUGACAAAAUUAUUCUCCAGCCGGAGCUCGCCCCGUGUAGGACCUCUGGAGACGUGUAAAACGGCGACGCUGGUGGCUACGUCACGAUCACCAUCUGCGGCCCGUGUUGCCGGUAGUCCUGGCUUUGUCAUUAGCAAAGGGGAUCGGUCUGAAACUGCAGCUGGAGACAGUGGCAGGAGCAGUCCUCAACCUCCCUUGGUCGUGCGGCAGCCGCUUUCUGUGGAGGUCGAAGUCCCUUCGGUGGUUGCAGGGGAGGACGUGGUCGAGUUUGUCUUUAUUAAGAUGAAUGGAGGAAAUCACCGCUCGCGUCCGCAAACCUGCAACACCUCAACGCUUAGCACUUCCGUGUAUCAAACCUCUGUCAGUGGACGGCAGUGCACCCAGGGGUCACAGUUGCAUUUCGGCUACUCCUCGCAGCAACAGCGACUGCUGCAUAGUCCUGUGGGGUCCGUCAAGACAGCCACACUUUCGCACAGCUCCGCGAGCGACAGAAUACCACUACCGUCGGAGUCGGGUAACAUGCCCGGGCAAAGAAGAGUGGUUGUUUCGCACAAUAAGCUCUCGCGAACGUCCUGGUUGACGCAAAAAAACAACAGAAAACGUAGCAAAAGUGCCGAAGAGGCAUCACCGGGUAGGAAUUCGUCUUCUCGGUGGGCAGUGACUCGAACAAAGGCCGCCCUCCAGCAGCAGAAAAAACGGGACAGCGCGGUGUCACUGCCAAAAAUCCUGGCUCCUGAUUCUUCGGCAGUAGAACGACGGAAAAAGCAGCGGAAUACAACCAAAACUGCGAGGCCGACGCUUGUGCAACCAACAUUCGGGUGUAUCGGAGCUGAUCUCGGAAGACCCACCGUUCCAAGAGCAGGAAACGGGAGUGUGACGCUGUCUCAACGCGUUAGAUUCGCCUGCGAUACCCCCCUGCGAAACUCGUCCUUUAGUCCUCCAGGCAGUUCGGAGCCAAGCAGGGGAGAACAACGUCUUAGAGCUUCUGAUUUAACGACAAAGGUUUCCCUGGGCAGUGGUUCAACAAGACCACCAAGCAUUCAAAGAUUCGCCGCCUGCAGCGAUUCAAUAUCAAUAGCGCGGAUGCGUACCAAAAAGACUCUAGGGAUUUCCUACAGCAACAGUUGCACAGAACUAAGGAAUAUUAAGGGUUUUCAAGCUGGUCAAGUACGUGAGCGCAUCGAGGCAAUGGUGUGA